CACUUUGCAACAUGAUCCGCGCACACCACGGAGAGGCCGGGCUCUGCGGUCCUUCAUCCUGCCGUCCCACCUCACCACAUGGAGACCGGAUAGAGCCACAGUGAACGGGGAAUGAAAGAGGUGGACCAUCUUCCUCUGUCGGCUGUCUAUAUGAACCCGCACAGCAUCAGCAGCGUCUGAUAGCCUACAGCAAAGGCAAACACAGAGAUGAGGGCGACGGGAAGUAGUAGCCUACUGCUACCAGUGCUUAUUGCGGUCUGCGUCAAAACCUCUCGCUCCUUCAGAAGAUAAUGCCCUCGGUGCCUCUUAAAGGACUUUCUGGGUUUAUUAUUUGCUUGCUGCAGGGGUCCAUGUCAGUAGCCUAUCUCGUGGGGGAAAGUCCAGCAGGGACAGUGAUGGUCACCCCGUCUCCAGCCUCUCAGUCACUCUCAGCCUCUGCACUGUAAGGAGAAGCUCGUCCUGCCUGGGGGACUGGGCUUGUGAAGGAAUAUGCAGAGAUAAAAACAAUUGUUGUUGUUGUUGUUGUUGUUGUUGUUUUUGUUGCUGCUGCAUACAAACCAGACAGAGCCUUAAUUGGAUUAUCGGGUGUUGUUGUUUACCAACAUGAACUCGCUGUUUUUCUCCGACACUCCGCCCGGGCCGAUGUGCAACGUCCCCACCGGGUCGGGCGCGGUGACCAGCGCACUGCGAAAUGACCUGGGCUCCAACAUCCAUGUGCUGAAAACCCUCAACCUGCGGUUCCGCUGCUUCCUUGCCAAAGUCCACGAACUGGAGAGGAGAAACAAACUCCUGGAGAGCCAGCUGCAGCAAGCUCUGCUAAGAACGCAGUACCGCCACCUUUACGCCCGUGAUGUUGCCGUGCAGACGGACGGCCCCGAUUCCCGAUUGCCGGGCACCAUCUGGAGUUUCACCCACGUCCGGAGGCAAGGGGAGCGCUUAGAGACCCUGCGCGGGCCCGGGUUAUCGUGGUCGCAUCCGGACGGAGUUGGGGUCCAAAUAGACACCAUUACCCCAGAACUGAGGGCUCUGUAUAACGUGUUGGCCAAAGUCAAGCGGGAGAGGGACGAGUAUAGGAAAAAAUGGGAGGAGGAGCUGUCCAAGCGAGAGCAGCUGGAGUCCACGGUGGAAACCAUGCAGCAGAGCGCCCAGGAGUCAACCGAGGUCCAGGAUGAGCUGAGCGAGAAGGUGGACAGACUGAAGGCUGAACUCGUGGUCUUCAAGAGUCUUAUGACUGAUCAAAUGUCUGACCUGGACACCCAGAUCCAGGAGAAAGCCAGGCGGGUGGACAUGGACAUCUGCAGGCGAAUCGACAUCACGGCCAAACUGUGCGAUGUGGCUCAGCAACGCAACUCGGAGGACAUGUCGAAGAUGUUCAACGUCAGAAAAAAAGAGCGUAAAGCCAUGUCCGAUGAAGAGGGUUCAGAGAUGGAUGCUGAGCCCAGCCCUUCAGAGGACGAUGCCCCCGGGUCACUCAACAUCACGGACGAAAUGAAACGCAUGCUCAACCAGCUGCGCGAGACGUUUGAAAUUGAUGACGACUGCGACAGUUUGACGUGGGAGGAAAACGAGGAGACUCUGUUGCUCUGGGAGGACUUCACAAACUACAACAUGCCGUGCACCAUCACCGCAACGCCCGGCACAACCGCCGCCCCCGCCGAUGGCAACGGUGAAGCCCCUGAUCCAGACUCCCAGGAUGGAAGUCUUGGCAGCCUCAUUGAUGAGACAGAGUCACUAUUUAAGACCAGAGAGCAGGAGUACCAGGAGACCAUCGGCCAGAUCGAGUUGGAAUUGGCCACAGCAAAGAGUGACAUGAACCGACAUCUGCACGAAUACAUGGAGAUGUGCAGCAUGAAGCGAGGCCUGGACGUGCAGAUGGAGACCUGUCGGAGAAUGAUUAAAGGCGGCAGGAACUCUCCCUCGGUCAGCUCUGUGGCCAGCAGCGACUCAGGGAACACGGACGAGAUCCAGGAUGAGAUUUCGGACAAGGACGCGGAGGCUGAAGUCCCUGUUAGUUGAUGGCUGCAUAGCCCGGGCGCUGUCCUAUCUCUUCCUGAACUCCCCUCGUUGUCACAGGGGUCAAAUGUGUAUAGAGGUCCACCCUGCUAGAAAGGUGGAGCAACCUAAAUCUGGGCCUGUUUGACCUAUUAAAAGUUCUGAUGGUCGUGCUAACUGAUGCAGGCCCAGAACUGAACUGGUGCUUUUAUACAAUUUCUGUUGUUUAGGAAGUGGUGGGGGCGUCUUUGCUUCACAUUGAGAACAGGUGCAAAUAAGAGUCCAAGCUGUGCUGUCUUCCUCUUCACAUCAUUUUAGGGGAGAGAAAAAAAAUUCUCUAAUAUUUUAAACUGGCUGAGAAGUGUUUUGUACAAAUUCUUACCCUAUAAAUGUCCUUUUAUUCUAAAGGAAUUGAAAAUAGUACAUAUUGUGCUCCUCCACAUAGCAUUCACAAAAUAUAACAACCAUCUUUACAUAUAUUUUUUAAUGUUUCAUUUAGAUUGAAAAAUCUCUGUGCACCUGAGUUGGAACACUAUUUAGUUGUUGUUUGCAGUCCAAAUUCAACUUUUGGGGGUUUAAGUGUCUUCUGCCAAGAAGACAAAACAAGGAGUGGAGACAAAUGUUGUUAGAGUUCUGGUGGUUUCUGAGGGAACUCUGCAGAGUUGCCAAAGUUGACAGAGGAAAGGAGCACAGCCUUUUGAUGCAUCAGUGCACUACUCAAGUUCUAUGCAAUUUAGCUGGCCUUAUUUUUGGACUGGCUUUCACCCUUCCUUGUUUCUCUUCAAACCAAUACGAUUAGCCUUUUAAGCAAAGCAGGUGUUUUCUAUGUAUCUCUUUUUUUGUGUGUGUGUGUUUGAACGUGGAAUAAUCUUAGUAUGGGACAUUUGUUUUUUUUCACGGACA